AUGGCACAGGCCCUGACCAUGGAGGAGGAGCAGGCUACUCGGCGGUUCCUGCAGGAGAUGAAUUCCUGGACUUCCUUCCACUCCGUUCCUCCUCUCUCCUGGGAUGUUGCUGUGAAAUUUCUCAUGGCAAGAAAAUUUGAUGUUGUUAGAGCCAUAGAACUUUUUCACUCAUACAGAGAGACACGUCAGAGAGAAGGGAUCGUGCGGCUGAAUCCUCUACAGGAACCUUUACUGUCUGAACUACUGAGUGGAAAGUUUACUGUGCUGAGUGUACGGGCUCCGACUGGAGCUUCCAUUGCAAUCUUUACCGCCAAACUUCACCACCCAGCAAGAAAGAACAGUAAAGAGGUUCAGCACACAGUGCUUCAGGCCCUCUUCUACCUUCUGGAUCGUGCUGUGGAGAGUGUCGACACACAGAGAAAUGGCCUGGUGUUUAUCUAUGAUAUGGGGGGCAGUCAGUACAGCAACUUUGAGCUGGAAUUAAGCAAGAAGAUCUUGAGCCUUCUGAGGGGAGCAUUUCCAGCUCGUCUAAAGAAAGUAUUCAUCGUUUCACCUCCUGUCUGGUUCAAAAUACCGUAUUCAAUCAUCAGCUUGCUGCUUAAGGAAAAGUUAAGAGAGAGGGUACACAUGGUGAGCAUGACUGAACUUCUCCAGCACUUACCUCCACAGUGUCUCCCUGAGUCUCUAGGUGGACUGCUUCCCUGGGAUCCUGGCUCCUGGAAUUGCCUGCUCCUGCCUGGCCGUACAGGAAGACCAGAUCCCCUGGAUGAGGUGGUACUGGUACUUGGAGACGGACAGAGAGGAAGUAUACAUAAACCAGUGCCAGGAAGCAUGACCUUGGCUCAGCUGAAGGAACGGGUUAGCACUUUGGGGAGGCAUGGAGUGUAUGAAGAAUAUGAAGAGAUAAGAAAUGAGCAACCAGAGGGAACAUUCACAGUAUCGCUAGCACCUGUAAAUCGAGAUCGGAAUCGGUAUGGAGAUGUGCCAUGCCUGGACCAAACACGAGUCAAAUUAAAACGGGCGAACUGGCAUGAUCGUUCAGACUACAUAAAUGCAAGUUUUAUGGAUGGAUACCUACAGAAGAAUGCAUACAUUGGGACCCAAGGACCUAUGGAAAACACAUUCCAGGAUUUCUGGCAAAUGGUUUGGGAACAAAAUGUAUUAGUUAUAGUUAUGACAACUCGGUGA